AUGGAGUUUUAUGUGUUGGUUUUAAAAACAGUUUUUAUUGCAAUCGCAGCUGAGCCCUCUUGGGAAAAGGCACCUGGUGAUUAUGUUGCGGAGUAUGGUGACUACUUUGAGGGUGAUAUGGUCUUAACAGAGGCGCAACGUAAAGAGAUUGAAGCUGCGAUAAUGCCUGACUAUGACAACGGAGACAAUACACCUAAAAACGGUUUGGUCAAUGCUACUAAACGCUGGCCAAAUAAUAUUGUUGUGUAUGAUAUCUAUGAAAAUCAUUUCAGUUGCUUCUCUCAGGUAGGAUGCAAUCAGGCAAGUAACUCUAGGAAUUCUCAGGUGUUUAACCUGGCUGAUAAUUGUUUCCAUCAUGGCAUUAUAGUACAUGAAAUGAUGCACACUCUUGGAUUUUACCAUAUGCAGAGCUCUUACGACAGAGAUGAAUAUGUCACAAUUGUUUUUGAGAAUAUUGAAGACGGUUUAAAAAAAAAUUUCGCUAAGUACACCAAUGACACUGUAACAAAUUUUGGAGUUCCAUAUGAUUAUAGCAGUUUGAUGCAUUACGGGGAGAAAGCAUUCUCCAAGAACGGACAAAAAACCAUAAUUCCAAAAAAGGAAGGUGCAAAGAUCGGUCAAAGAGAAGGUUUAUCUGAAGGAGAUAUCAUAAAGUUGAACAGAAUGUACAACUGUACAAGAGAAGAAACGACUACGGCAAAAGCACCUAUAUUUAAUUGGGAUUUCUUGGAUAAGUUACCUAAACCCUAG